UUGAAUAGAAGUGGUGACGACUACUCAUUACACUCUCCAAUUUUGGAUCUCCACGCCGAUAAAGCCAAAACCCGCCACGAGAAAGCUUCCACAACCAAAGCAAAGCAAAGCAACCUUCUUUAUUUUCCCCUACUCCGAGAUUUCUAAAGCACCAUUUUGUCCACAAAUCACACUAAACCCUAAAAAAAAAGACCACUCUUUUAGUUCUUUUGACAUCCCUUUUCAUAGUCUUCUUACAUUCCCCGAUUUUUCGAAAGUGAUCCUCUUUUGAUUUUGAUUCCUUUUUUAAAUCUUUCUGCAAUGAUUCCUUAUUUUGAAUCAAUGCUUGGUGGAUUGGAUUCUAUUAUAAAAGCCGAGAGUGGAGGUUUGGGUCUUUUCCUCAGUGAACGAUGGGUGCUCUCAGAAGAAGCGUUGGUCUGAUCGAUUCAAAGGGUUGCUCCAAAUUGUUUCCUGUAUCACAGUCUCCUCCUCCUUCUCUUCCUAUGUCUCAGCCCAAUGGACCCUUCUCUUCCCUUGUCAUUUGCGUCACUGGUUUGUCCAAAGAAGCAAGGACACAAGUAAAGGAAGCGACAGUGAGACUGGGAGGCGAGUACAGUCCCCACCUUCACCUGCAAUGCACCCAUUUGGUUGUCCACAGCUCAUGUGGGCGUAAGUUUGAGCACACUUUGAAACAUGGGGCAAGAAAUGGUCUCUUUGUUGUUACACUUGGCUGGUUUGUUGAUAGCGUCAAGAGAAACCUCAGGAUGAGCGAAUCACUUUAUAAAGUCAAACAACUUGGACAAAAUAGUGAAGAGCUGACAUGUGUUUUUGAUCUCGAACCUGUUUGUCGUCCUCGUACAAUCCAGCAAGCUGUGCAUUCUGGCAAAUCAACGAAGCCCCCUCACCAAGUAUCUUCUUCUGGAACAGAGAGUGAAGACAUGACUCUUUCCCACCAUUCCAUCUUUGUCGAUUCAGACAUUUCUGAUGAACUCCGACUUAAGGUGUUGAAGGUUGCUGGAGAUCAAGGAGCAAAGGUCAUAGAUUCAUGGUUUAUUGGUUGCAAUGCAAGUCUUGUAGUGUGUGAAGGUGGUGCUUCUGUCCAGAAAUAUCUUGGCCAUAUCAACACCAUUGUCUCUCCACUAUGGGUUUUGAAAACAGUGGAGAGGCAUCGGCAAAGACUCGUUCACAUGUCACCUGAUUUAGCCAGACAGUUAGGAUUAAUGCUUGAAAAUCUUGAAGAUGGUGGUGCUGAAAAGGAGGCUCUUAAUAUUACCGAGGAAGGCAAUUCUCAAGACGUUGUUUCUAAAAUCAGAAGUAAAUCAAAACAAGUGAGGAAAGAGACUGUAAAUUUAGCUAAAACUGGGGUUAGGAGACGACGUGCUCGCCAUAUGCAGACUUGUCAAAACCCAAUAAGACGCAUAACACAGAACAACCUGCUGGAGAAUAUUUGCUGGACAAUAUCUGAAGCAGCUGCAACUGCCACUGUUUUCACUGAUUCUUCUUGCACUAGCAGCAGCGGUUACAUCACUGAACCACCUCAGUCUUCUGUUGCAGAGGAAGGGAAAGAUCCAGUAGCUUCUUUUUCAAACUCGACCAGAGCACUCACCGAGAGCGAGAAGACAGAAGUGAUAUUUAAAGACAGCUUCCUUACAAUUCUAUAUCCAGCUGAUCGGUUCUCUGAGAUGGGGCCUUCUUCACGGACUUAUUUCAGUGAUAACGGUUUCACUUGCCUCCAAAUCUUAGACUAUAUUCACACAUUUUAUCAGGAGAACUUGCCGGAUAAUGAGAUAGAGCUCGCCAUUCACACUGAUUCAAGGCAUGCCGACCGUCUCAGAACAGCUUAUUGCAACAAAGAGGAAUCAGAUGAUGGAUACAUGGUUUUCACAAGAUUAGAGUUACUAGGAAGCAGGAAAAGUUUUGAAAUGCUUAAGCGUGUGAAUGGAGAGAACAACAGUAAUGUUUAUGAGCUCAUGAUUAGAGCUUGAAACUAGACAAAAUGUCUUUGAAUCAUGUAUCCAAUACUUGAUUGAAUCUAACAGAUUUACAAAAUAUGAUAAUUUGCAGAAGAAA